AUGCCUCGACCCUCUCGACAGCCUCGCCAACCCCGACUGCCCAACAUCCAAAUGCAAAUGCCCCCCAUCGAAAUCCACCUCACAGCCCCAACACCCCCCAACGAACAAACCAACCCCAAAUAUCCGCCUAAAUCUCACCAAGACACCCCAAACCCAACCACAACCCUCAUCUCCCAACCAUCCAGCUCAGCAAUAUCAAGACCCGACACCGGCUUCCUCACCUGGAAAACCUUCACCGAAACCCUCCUCCCCCCACGCAAAACCGCCCGCAAAUCCCGUCUCGACAAGAUCCUCGCUCCCCUCCGACCUGUCAGCGCCGGUUUCCCGGGCUUUUUAAGUGUCGACGGUCUCGGCGGGGUGAUUGAAUCGGCGCAUGGGGUUUUUCAUUCUGCGAGACGGUUGGAUGUUAUUGAGGCUGAGAGGACGUUGUAUUUGUAUCUCCCUGGGGCUGGAGAGAUGGUAACGGGAAAUGCGAGGGAUCUGGAACGGUAUGAGAAUGAACUGUUCGAUUUGAGCAAGUAUAACGGCGCGUGUGGAUUCUUUACAGUCCUAGCAUGGACUGAGGAAGCCCGCGCUGGGUCGGUGACGCUCUAUCGCGUGCUGUUAGACAAUCCCGGAGAUGAUGGUGACGGGGAGGGUGUGGUUCUGGGCGUGCGACCUGUGGCGGCUAUGAGGGAGGUGCCGAGCCCGGUGCUAGUAAAGAUGCGGACGGAUGGGAGGUUGCAAAGGAAAGUGGUGUUGACGCUGGUGGAUGAGGAUGAUCGAACUUUUGACUGGCGGGCGGAUUUUUGUCGGCGUGGGCCGAGAUAUGUCCGUCUAGGAGGGAGUGGGGGUAAUGAUGAACUUGAUGAUGAGGACGAGAGAGAGAGACAUCGGUAUGGUGGUUUGGCAGACGGUGACGCGGUUCGCGCGACGCUUCCCCAGUUCUUUGCGCUGCUUCAUGCGCGGCGGUCGAUCCUGGAGGAUGUCGAUUCGGGGCCUGUUUUCAUGGCACCAGUACAAACACGGCCCGGGAAGGGAUAUCAGGAGAAACCCACUGUCGUGCUGGGGCAGACGCCGCGGUCAAGUCCGCAUGAUGGUGAUCGCGUGCAUGUGGCGGUGCUGGUGCCGAACGAUGCGCUGUGGGCGGAGGACGAGAUGGUGUGGACGGAUGGGACGGGGCUGGCUGAGUUUCGGCAGCGGCAAUAUUGGGAUGUUAUUGGGAGGAUGAGACGUUAG